AUGAUUCUGUCGAGGAUACCGACACGUUCUUAUUGUUCAUCUUCUCAACUAACGAAGGGCGUGGGCCUAUCCCCACUAAAAAAAUCCCUUCUAUCUAAGAGAAUUAAAAAGGACAUACAUCCUUCUCUACCUGUCAGAACCAGAUUUGCACCUUCUCCGACCGGACUUUUACACUUGGGAUCGCUGAGAACAGCACUUUAUAAUUAUUUACUAGCAAGAAAUACCAAUGGACAAUUUUUACUUCGUUUGGAAGAUACAGAUCAAAAGAGGUUAGUACCUGGAGCAGAAAAGGAUAUCUAUGAUGUUUUAAACUGGUGCAAAAUAGAGUACGAUGAAACAGUUGUAAGGCAGAGCGAAAGAAAACUGGUAUAUGACAAGUACGUGAAAAUACUAUUAUCUUCUGGGAUGGCAUAUAGAUGUUUCUGUUCGAAGGAGCGAUUGAAUGAUUUAAGACACUCAGCAAUGGAACUGAAACCUCCUUCAAUGGCAAGCUAUGAUCGAUGCUGUGCGCAUUUGAAGGAAGAAGAAAUAAACUCCAACCUAACUCAAGGUAUACCCUUCACUGUGCGGUUUAAAUCGCCCGAACAGUAUCCAGUAUUUACUGAUCUUUUACAUGGAGAAGUUAAUCUCCAACCACAAGUAAACUUUAAUGACAAACGGUAUGAUGACCUUAUCCUCGUCAAGUCUGACAAAUUGCCAACCUAUCACCUAGCAAACGUUGUAGAUGACCAUUUGAUGGGGAUAACACAUGUGAUAAGAGGUGAGGAAUGGCUGCCAUCUACACCUAAGCAUAUCGCGUUAUAUAAUGCUUUUGGAUGGGUUUGCCCAAAGUUCAUCCACAUUCCCUUGCUAACAACUGUUGGUGAUAAGAAAUUGAGUAAAAGAAAAGGUGAUAUGUCUAUCUCAAGUUUGAAAAAGCAGGGAGUCUUGCCGGAGGCUUUGAUUAACUUUUGUGCAUUAUUUGGUUGGUCUCCUCCAAGAGAUUUGGCUUCGAAAAGGCACGAGUGCUUUUCGAUGGAGGAAUUAGAGAAUCUUUUCAAUUUGAAUGGAUUGACGAAGGGAAAUGCCAAAGUUGAUGAUAAAAAAUUGUGGUUUUUCAAUAAGCAUUUUCUGCAGAAAAGAAUAUCCAAUCCUUUAAUGUUGAAGGAACUUGUUGACGAGAUCAUGCCGUCUUUAGAGUCCAUAUACGACAAUUCUACCGUAAAUCGUGAAAAAGUCGCAAAAAUUCUACUGAACUGUGGUAGUUGUCUGACUAAAAUUGGAGAUUUUCAUGAUGAGUUUUAUUAUUUUUUUGAAAAGCCCAAGUACGAUGAUAAUGAUGCUGUCACUAAAUUUUUAAGCAAGCAUGAAAGCCGCUACAUUGCUAGUUUGAUAAAAAAGUUCGGAAAAUUGCAAGAAGAGGCUACUAUUCAAGAUGUUGAAUCAAUGAUCGAUACAAUGCAUUAUGAGCAUGGUUUCUCUAGAAAAGAUACAUACCAGUCAAUAAGAUUUGCUCUUGCGGGAUGUCAUUCAGGCGCCAAAAUAGCAGCCAUGAUUGAUAUCCUGGGCAUUAAGGAGACUAACAAAAGACUAUCCGAAGGUUUAGAAUUUUUGAGAAAGGUAAAAUAG